AAGGGCUCAAGUUGGUCUGUACAAAGCUCCUGUGCAACAAGCCCAAGGCAAUGAGCACCGUGGAAGAAUGGGCACAGAAGGAGAGCCUUCAAGCUUUGUUCAACAAGUUCGACUCCAACUGCGAUGGUACUUUGAGCACUGAUGAGCUUCGCCGUGCCUUGUGCGGUGUUGGCUUGAAGAAUGCAGAUGUCAAUAAGAUCUACAAGAUCAUGGAUACCAAUAGCGAUGACCGGGUGUCCUACACCGAGUUCAUUCGAUGGCUCUUCCAUGGCUCCUCAGAGGCGACGGUCAUCACGAAGAAAGUCUUUGGAGGUCCUUCCACACCUGCAGAGGCGAUGACCGAGUUCAUGGAAUUCGUCCAGGAACUCAAGGAUGCUCCGCCCGAAAAAGAAGGUGACAAGCCCGCAAAACUAAAAGACAUUUUCAAGAAGAUGGAUGAAAAUGGCAGCGGCAAAGUCUCCUUCACAGAGUUCAAAUCGGCCUGCGCAUCCUUGGGCUAUGACGUCGACGACGAGAUGCUGAAAGAGGUCUUCGACUUGAUUGAUGUGCAAAAGACGAAGAAGAAAAAGAAGAGACGCUUAACUCCUGAGGAGCAGGAGGAGCUUAUUGCAGAAGCAAAGGCGAAACAAGCAGAGGAUCCAAGUGUUGAGAUUCCAGAGUUCCUGGACGGAUUCCCCAAAGGAGACAUCUCUUGCUGGCUUUCUCAUGAGAAAGUCUACUAUUGUGGCAACAAAGAGAAGUACGUGAAAGAGAGACGCCUCAUCUAUGACCCCAAUGCGGCUGAAACGAGGGACUAUCAGAUCACCUACAAGGAGUUUAAAGCUGCCUUCAAGGCUGUUAUCACUUGAUCGCCAAGACUCGACCAGGCGCCAGAAAACUGGUCAGCAGAAGGUUUGAUUGUCACCUGAAAUCGAGGAUUACUGUCUUGCCUCGAGUCUUGAUUGGUCUAGUUGCCGAGAAAAAUUCAUGGCUCCUUGACCCACUACUCAAACUUUGCCAAGUUGGCAGAGUCGCCCAGGUAAAGACUUACAC